UCUUCCAUGUAGUUUCCAUUAUCGUAAAGAAUUUCAAGAUAAAAUUAGUGACAGAGUCGACUUGUGGAAAAGGGAAACGUUUGCGAAUUUCAGUUAUGAAAGUGCUGCAGAAUGGUAGGAUAUCCUGCAUGAUUAGUCAAGUGAAGAUGGCGAGCCAAGAAGUUCAGUUGCGAUGUAAGCUGUGCCAGUUUACCGCUUCGUCAAAACAGGAGAUUGCUGACCAUUUUAUGGACGUGCACGCAGCUGUAGAAAUAAUCGGCACUAGCUCCCCAAACCCGUCUGGACCGACCCCUGAGACAGGCAGUACCUGUGCCAACCUGAACAAUGAAGCAGGCGAUGCAGCCGAUCCGAGCACUUCCGAUGCACUCCCUUCAGCAGGGAUGGAGGUUGGGACAGCCGACAGAGCAUUGAGUAAGAAGAAGGUGGGUUUUCGGGGUAAUGCCCUACGAAGCACCAUCAGUCACCUGGUGAGGGCAGCUGAGCAGGCGUCCAAAGAAGAGCGGUCCGCCAAUUCAGCCAAGACUCCCAAAAGCGUUCGGAGGCACCAACAGGCCAGCGCUGUCAAGGAAAUCAGUCAAACAGUCCAUGCUGUUGGAAGAGAACUCCGGAAACACAAGAUGAAGCGCAAAUUUGAAGACUUUGUUCUGCUUGAUAACGACCAGCCCCAGAGGAAGCAGCCGAAAGUGUCACCUACCAAAGGUACUGCGGGCAAGCCAGGGCCUGCGGGAGCGAAGGCAGGUGGUGACAAGCAGACUGCAAGCCGUAAAUCCAGGAGAACCAAGCAGACACAGGUAGUGAAAGGUUCAAAAGUAAAGGCUACCGAACUCAAGAAAAAGAUGGAUGACGAGCUGCAGCAGUGGUACGAAAAAUGGUCUCAGAACCGGAAAUCCAUAAUGGAGACCUGCAAGAAUGCCAACUGUAAUUCCCAGCUGCCGCCUGUUGAGAUGAAACUUCACGAACAGUGUCACAUGAAGAACUACACUGGCUUCAAGUGUCCUCAUUGUAAUCACAUGCAUUCUCAGUGGCGAAACAUGAGGUGCCACAUCUAUAACGACCACCAGGAAAUUGCCAAACCAUUGCUGCUGUGUGAUUGGCCCGGAUGCUCAGCCCCAUUCACCAUCCUGUGGGGCCUUAAACGCCACGUGCUGCGUGACCACAUCCAACCAAAGGCCAUCCAGGAAAAUGUCUCAGAGCAAGACGAGUCACUGGUCGAAGUAGGAGAAGCAGAGGAGCAGUCCAGAAAAGACAAGGCCAGUGAGGAGAGUCUGCCCUCAGAGGAAGCUGACCUUGUAGCCAAAAGAGCGGCCAUCAGGAAGAAACUGAGCAAGGGAAUGGAGGAGUAUGUGGAUGCCGGAACCACGGAGGAAGAAGCGGUGAAAAAGAUUCGCAACAGAAAAAAGUUUCACAAGAUUGCUUGGCUGCCUUCCUGCUCCGUGUGCGAGGCCAAGUACAUCUCCAUUGAGAACAUGGACGCGCACAUCGCCCUGCACACCGUGGAGGGCAGCGACAGCGUCAAGUGCGCAGAGUGCGGAAUCAUUGUGGACGACUGCACCAAACUCCGGGCGCACAUGAAAGAGAAGCAUCGACGGCUUCUCAAGGUCUACCGGUGCGAGCUGUGCAAGUAUGCGGGGGACCGUCACUACGACUACAAGAAGCAUCUCCUGACCCAUGAGGAUACCAAGCCAUGCAUGUGCGAGGUUUGUGGGAAGCUGAUGUCGACUGUCUACAACCUCAAAGUCCACAUCCUGCGCGUGCACGCCACAGAGGAGCAGAAAACCGUCCACUGCCAACACUGCGAUUACCGGUGUGCUGACAAAAUUGUGCUGAAGGACCACAUGCGCUUCCAGCACAAUCUGCUCUGGAAUGGCGACCCAUACAAGGACGUGGAUACGUGGCGGUCAUACAAAUGCGACAAAUGCGAUUACGUUGGUAGGAAAGAGAAAAGCUUGAAGUAUCACAUGCGCGUGCACACAGAACAUCGCCAGUUCCGAUGCUCCAUGUGCUGUUACGCGAGCGGCACCAAGAACAACUUGAUCUUGCACAUGCGAACCCACGCAGGACUGAAGCCAGUCAAGUGUUCAGAGUGUGAUUACAGAGGUGCAACUAACAAAGUUGUCAAUGAGCAUAUAAUGUCCAAGCACAGGGGCAUAAGGCCCUUCAAGUGCCCAUGUGGUUGGUCGACUGCAUAUAGUGGAAAUAUGUGGAAGCACAUGCAGUUUCAUCGUGAGAAAGGUGACGCAUACAAAGAUAUCGCAGAAGCAAGGUAUGGCAAACCGGGGCCCAAGAAGAAGAAGCAAGUCCAACACAGCGAAGCACCUAUCAUCCAGCAGCCUCAAAUCAUCACCAUUGUCCACGAGUUCCAAGAUGCCCAGGACGCGGGGACGCUGAACAGCGGCUCCCAUCAGCCCUCUGCCACAGUCGUCCCUUUCCAAGAGAGCACGCUCGCUGCUAAGGACGUCCCCGCCUCAUCCGCCGUCGCUCAUGUGGAGGACCUGCCCAUUCUGGGCACGCACCUGCUGCUCAACAGUCUGGUGCAGGCCGCGACAGCAGUUGCUCCUUCAGGGACCAAGGCUGGCAGUGACGACGAUCCGGCCACAGCUGGCCUCCAGCAGGCCCCUGAAGAGCUGCAAGACCACAAGGAAAACCAGGCAGCCAGUUACCUGUGCAAGCUGGCCCAUGCCGUGUCCACCCAGAGCACAGGCCAAGAACAGGAGAGCCCCAAACAGAUGGCCGAGGGCAAGGAGCUGCCGUUAGGGAGUGGAGUGCAGGUGACGGAGGUACAGGUGCCAACAGCAAACGCUGGCUCUGUGGAACAGACCAUCCAAGAACUUGUACUAUGGUAGAAGUAAGAGAUUAACUCAUUCUAGUAUGAAACACAGGUACAUGCAUCAUUGGUGGAUGGGGUAGGGGUUCAAAUGGGGGCGACCCCCAGCCCCCACAAAAUAGAGGCCAUUUGGGAGGCUUGGGAUUAAAUUGACAUGUACGGUGUAUAGAAAUAGAAUAUCUUUUUCGUUCUACAGGUAACUCUCAUCACAGUGUUGCUAUAUGUAGGACUAACCGAUUUAUCCUGUUAUAUCCAGAACCUUGUCGUAAAAGGAUUGGAUGAAGAAAGAAACAGAAUUAAGGAGACUUGGGACUUCAGGGGAAUUUAAGAGUGGUCAUUAUGUCAGGGGUCUACUGCGCUUCAUUUCCUCUCCUCGAAGUUUGGUUAAAGCUCCAAAGUUAAGCUCUAAUCUGUGAAAGACCCUAAAGAAUGCAUGAAGAUAUCCACAAAGCUCCCUCCCCCAGUUUUUGCCCCCCUCGCCCAUACACUUGGUUCUUGACCUGCCCCCAUCAUGUACUAAAGAGUGCUGAAGUGAAUAAGUCAUGCGCACAAUUGUGUGUAAAAGGCAUUAGGGGAGAACUAUCACAUUUACUGGGUCAAAAUAAUGUCGCAUUUCUGUAGUCCACGUAUGUAUAUACAUGUACAUGUACACAUUAAAGUUUAACGAAGUGGUUCAUCCUGGAUUUGAUGAUUUAAUUUUUUGUUUCUUAUUCACUUAUGUACAAAGCGUUAUUUUCAAAUAAGAUGUUAUGUUAUGAAAAGUACAAAGAAGAGGCCUGUUUAAUUAGGAAUAUUGAUUAGUGUUAUUUCUCAGUGGUUUUCUGAUGACAAACAUGUACAUGUUUACGUAUAAGGAAAUUUGGCUAUAUGAGAAUUAGAGUUCGGGAUGUAAUGUAGGAAGAGUUGGCAAAGGCCUUUUAUGAAAGUGCUCAACCUGACAUUAAUUUCUGUCAAGUGCCUUUUAUAAUGAUGCAUGAAUAUUUGAAGUAGACAACCUGGCAAGCGAAAUUCUCAAUGCAUAGCUUUCCAGAGCAUUGUUUAUUUGGUGCUGUCCGUCAGGUUGUGGGGAAAAUGUUGGAAUGGACUGGAAUGUCGGAGUCAAACCUAUGCCCUGUAGAGAAAUAUGAAAGGGCUGCGUAGCAUCGUGAUCAGAAUAUUGACAAAACUAUAAUUAUACAAUCGGUGCUCUGAAUUAUCUUAUUUACUGGCAAUAAGAUAUUUCAGAGCAUUGAUUGUAUAAUUCUAUUUUUGUCAAUGCCUUGCUAAUAGGACAAGGCUCAAGAACCUAAUGUAAAUGUAUACGUUUAUCGGUUAAUGUAUAAUAUUUACAUCAAAGGUGUCAUAAAAUAGGCUGAAUUUUUGUGGGUGUCAAUGCUUCCAGUGGAGUGAUUGUGUUGGAUGGGCAGAUUGAUAAUUAACUAUGGGGAAAUACAUUUACAUGUAUUUUAAUUACAUGCAGUAGUUUAUGAACUGUUUAUUUUCUGUUAUUUUGCUUUGUGCAUGGUGUGUAGGUAGCAUGACUUCAUGGUUGUUAGCAGUACGUUUUUGCUCAUCAGUAGCAAAUUUACAUAUAAUGACUAUUAAUAAGGGUCAGUACUGAGGUAGGUAUGUGGGGGAUCAGUUGUUUUGGUUUCUUUCACUUUUAUUUCUUUUUCCCCCAUAUCUUUACGUUUAUUAUUUUAUUCAGAGGGCAAGCUUGCCCCGGGGUCCUUUUGAUUCAUUCCAUUUUAAAUGGGGGGGGGAGGACAGUAUGUAAUCACAGCUUCUAGACUGAUGAGGGCUUCAAGUGUUUGUGUGCUCCUCAGGUGUGUCUUGGAUACAGGGGUCAUAUUUCGUUUAACGGACUGGACCACAGGGCCAGUGGUAUCUCAUGAAAUUCCAGACCAGGGCAUGCUACAAAUCUCACACUAUGUACUGCCUCAAAAGUUGUGUAACACAUAUCCAUGUACAAGUAUAUAAGUUUACCUCAAAUUUAAGCUUGCACAAGUUUUUUUUAUACAAUAAAUAUGUUAGAAAAAAAAGUUAUAAAUUCUGUACAUGUAUGUUAGGAAAAAAAACAGACUGCCAUACUUGUUUGGGUGUCGAUGUUGCACGACUGACGUUAAAUUCACUGGUCCAAUGGGUAUUUUGAAUCCAGAGUUACACAGGAUACUUACAGUGCAGGAUUGGUUACAUGUAUGUGCGUGUAAAUAAUAGAAGGGUUUUUCCAGGUAACUGGUGAAAGAUUGUCUUUUUUUUGAAGGUGCAAAAAGAUUCACAUUUACAAGCUUGGAAUGCAUAGUACCAGUGGGAAGGAUAGGCUCCACAUAUAUGUACUGACAUCAUAUUGCCCUACAUGUAAACCUAACAAAUUUGUUUGAAAAGAGGAUAUGUGGGCAAAAUCUGUGUUGCUUGAUCUGCAUUUACAUGUGCAGUUCUGUUCUCCACCAAAAUUCAUAAAAUGUUUAAAAUCACCCGUGUUUUUGUGUUCAAGAAAUUGAUCCCUGGGUACAUGUAAAUGCCUCGGGCAUAGGCUGGUUUUCUGUGCCAAAGUGUGAACACUAAAUACAGUUUCUGAACAGCGGAGCAUUAUUAAGUGAUUUAUUGAUCAUCACCAUCAGCUCUAACAUGACGAGGAACAAAAGUUUUGCCAGCGUAACAGAAAUAUUAUGGUAAAAUGACUGGAAUGACUAGGAAAAAUGAGAGUUCUAGACAAUUUGGACUUAUGGUUUUGCUCCUCAUGACAUUGUUCUGAGAGUGCUCGGUACACCAAGUUGACUGUCUUGAGUAUAAGAUGUAUGAAUUAUUUGAAACACCCCAAGGUACAUUGUAAUUUGGAAUGUGGAACUUGCUUUUAAGGUGAUUUAACUUGAAGGGAGUAAUUACAGAGCUGGAAUUCAUUUCAGAGCCUCAAUUUGACCCAGACUGCAUUUGCAAGUCUAGCUUUGAGUUGAACUCAUAUUGAAAAGCUGUCAAACGGAUAAAAACCUCAUCAUUCUUCUGGUCAGUAGCAUUGUUGAGUUCUUGCAAACCAUCAUGGCAAGAGUAAUAUUGAAAAGGGGAGGGGGCGGAGAAACAAGGUAAGGGGGGGGAAUAUACAUGUACAUGUAAACGCCCACCCCAAGUUAAUGCCAUGAACAUACACGUGGACAUGUACCCAUACACUUCAUUUGACAAAUCAUACGGGAAGUAGUGACAGUGAAUUCUUGUUGACUUUAUCGCAUGUCCUUUAUUACCCAGUCUGCAAACAAUAAUAAUAAGCAUGUAUAUAAAAAUGGCAUUGGUUAUAAAACACUAAUCGCCUCGUUAAAAGUGUGUUUUUGCUCACAGAAAUGACAAUAGGAGGAAGGUGAUAGCAUAAACUUUCUCAUUCAUCGAAACGUCAGUGCCAAAUUAUUGAUCUGGUUGAAGAUAAUUUUAAACCCAAUAACUUUAAUAUAUGUAUAAAUUUUUACUCCCUACACCAUAAAAUUCAACAGUUAAAAGAAUGAUUUCCACACACCAGUUGUAAACUAUCAUAAUUUCUGGAGCACUAUGUGAAAUAUGUGUACAUGUAAUAGUGAAGCAGUUUGUACAGUAAUUACUAAAUGUGAUUUAUAUCCCAAACAGGCACAAUCCUUGUGUGUACUCGUAUUGUGUGAAGGGAUUGUUUGAAAAACAUACUUGAUUUUAAUGACUUGCCGAGGCUGCAAUAGAAUGGUUCAAUAUUUCAGCCCAGCUGGUUUACUGCUUUCUCAAAUCUCUUGGGCAUCAAGAAGACGUUGUUUGCUUAAAUCAAACCAGCAUUUUCAAACAUUUCAAGCACUGAUAUCUUACAGCACAAGCUUCACCACUCUACAGAAUACUCCACACGUUUGCACAAUAUACCUUUCAUUAAGACCAGUCUUACAGAAAUAAAACAUUUCAUUACCAAAGAAACUCCAACUAAAUCAUUCCACUGUGUUUACUGCAACUUAUAUACUAAAAUCUAUUGUAAAAAUUACAUGUGUAAGCUUUAAACUUGACUACGCAACUGAAUAAUCACAUUAUGAGUUGUUUAGUAUGAAAAAUAAAAAGGCAAUCCAACAAAUCUUUGCAAUCCACUACAGCAAACGGUAAAAUGCAGAUUGAAGAACAAACAAGUAAGCUUUUCUUUGAAGUCUUAAACAAUUCUCUUUAAGAAAAUGAACUACUGAUUCACAGAUGAGCUGCCAGUUUCCGCUCACUAAAUUCCAUUUCACAUCCAAUUAAUACAUUUUUAUUUCUACAGUACAAAAAAAAAGAAUACAUGUAGAAAACUGAACAGCAGUCGCUUUGUUACGUGCAUAUUAGAAGCCAAGGCAAUGUUUAUUUCAGUUCUGAAUAUUUUGAGUUGUUCUUUUGUUUUUGAUUUCUGUUCAUGGUCUUUUCAAAACACCUUCAAUAACUUGCAGUUGGUAGACAAUGCUGCUGAUUGUCUGCUUACUGGUCAAACGGAAUGAGCUCCCUGACCUUUUCUUCACAGAAUUUACUAACUGAUACAGAAUACAAGAUCAUUCUCAUAUUUAAAACACUAGUUCUGCCUGUCUUACAUGCAAAAACCUAACUACAGCUUUGAAUUGUCAGACUUGAGCUGGAGGUCAUUCAGUAGUCUCUCUUCCAUUCCCCCCAGCUUGUCUGUUCAGUUUGGGUGACCAAGCCUUAAACAGUGUGGCGCCUCGGCUUUGGAAUCAGAAAAC